UUUAUCAACUUAUGGGUUCUCUGUACCAUUUAUCUUAUUCCUCUUCGUUUUGCCUUAUUUUACUGUGUUCCUCAGGCAGCUGCUCGCAGUUCGGGCACUCCUGCUUCGGUGCCCACGGCAAGAGAGACGGGGAACAGCAGUAUGUACAGCAGCAGGUGGAUGCUGCUGCACUCUACCCUGGCGAGACACAGCUGCAGGAGCAGCUGGACGGCAGGUCUGACCUGCCACUGCCUCUCCAAGACAUGCCAGACGCCUUCACCAACAGGGAAAUUGUCGCUAAUGUGCGGAACUGGCUGGCCGUCCUUAGUCGUCGUCUUCGUCAGAGGUCGUCACAGUUGUCGUCAUCAACACAGUCCAAUGGUUACUUCCAGUAAUGCCUCGUUGUCGUGGUUCCUGUCGUCGCCUCCUGCAUGACGACCCUCCCUCCUACAUCAGCCACCAGGGAGGAGACGACUUGUACAAGGCUUAGCAACGACACAAAGAAACGACUUAAGCCUUGUCGACGACACUGAAGGGAGAGAAACGACCACACUGGCCACAACACUGGCCAUGACACUAGCCACGACACUGGCCACGACACUGGCCACGACACUGGCCAUGACACUAGCCACGACACUGGCCACGACACUGGCCACGACACUGGCCACGACAAUGGCCACAACACUGGCCACGACACUGGCCACAACACUGGCCACAACACUGGCCACAACACUGGCCACAACACUGGCCACGACACUGGCCACAAAACUGCCACAACACUGGCCACAACACUGGCCACAACACUGGCCACAACACUGGCCACAACACUGGCCACAACACUGGCCACAACACUGGC